CCGGCGUCGCUAGUCCUUCAUUAGUUGCGAAGAGCAACAUAAAAUCCGGCUCAACCUACUAAGAAAAAGCAGCCUUUCCCAGAAGGCUUGCUGCAGUCAGCCACUUCCUUGUCAUAGUAGAUAUGUCAAGAAAUCACUCCUUGCCAUGGGCCUUUGUACAAGUGCCAUUCCCUUCAUGUCUUCGCAGGCCACAGCAAUUUUGUCGAUCGUCAUUCGUCCCAUUUACGUCAAUCAUGCCCAUGUCGAGUACCUCUCUACUGUCUUAGUGUUUUGUCUUAUCCUUGCGAUGACAGAGAUGAUAGAGCGCAGUAACACCUCUCUAGGUUUAGCCAGAGAGAGAGUAGUUGACCAUGACAUCACUCUUCAUCAACGCCAGGAUUCUAACACGAGUCGAUCCACACCGAGGCCGAGAUCAGCGAUUUAGAUGCUAUUUCGUAUUUUUCAAAGGUCAUAUUGCUGUUUUCCAGGCCAUCCGAGUCAUAAAGCUUCA